AUGACUGUGGAUGGGAAUCAAUCACCCGGAAGUGGGGUCAUACCGCUGAAGACAAAAGGCGAAAUCGACUCAGUGCGCUUGGAAGCUGCUUUGGGUCAUAAGCAAGAAUUAAAACGGAAUUUCGGACUAUGGAGCUUGACGAGUCUGGGUAUUGUGAUCGCAAACUCCUGGGCAUCAAUAGGAGGAACCAUCGCCGCAGCUCUCAAAAAUGGAGGUCCUAUGGCUGUUAUCUACGGCCUCAUCCUAGUCAGCAUAUUCUACACGGUAAUCUCCGCAUCACUUGCUGAACUAGCCUCUUCCAUGCCCUCCGCCGGCGGCGUAUACUACUGGUCCUCGGUUUUAAGUCGCAAUCAUGGUCGAAAAGCUGGAUUUUUCACGGGAUACCUCAAUGCAUGUGCAUGGCUUCUAUCUUGCUCGUCGAUGAGCUCGAUGUUAGGAAACGAGGCGGUGGCAAUGUAUUUGUUGAAACAUACGGAGGUACGGUGGCGCACUUGGCAGGUGUUUAUCGUUUUCCAGAUCGUGAACUGGACUUGCUGCGCCAUCGUGUGUUUUGGAAACCGAUUUAUCCCGUUGAUCAAUCGCCUUGCGUUGAUGCUGUCCAUGUGUGGUCUCGUUACCACGGUGGUCGUCCUCGCGGUGAUGCCGAAGAAACACGCGAGCAACUCUCAGGUGUGGCUCGAGUAUCACAAUAACACAGGUGGAUGGUCUGAUGGGAUAUGCUUCAUGACUGGUCUAUUGAACGCGGCAUUUGCAGUUGGUGUUCCUGACUGCAUCAGCCAUCUAUCUGAAGAAGUUCCAAACCCAGAAAUCAAAGUUCCCCAAGGAAUAAUGCUUCAAAUGCUCACCUCAUUCGUAACCUCCUUCGUCUACCUCAUCGCCCUCUUCUACUCAGUCCAAGACCUUGACGCCGUCUACAGCAGCAGCAUCGGCUUCUUCCCAACCGCCGAGAUCUACCGCCAAGCAACAGGCUCAAACGCAGGCGCAAUUGGCCUGGUCGCAGUUUUGUUUCUUGCAACCUUCCCAACACUCAUCGGAACAUUCGUCACAGGAGGUCGAAUGUGGUGGAGUCUUGCUCGCGACAACGCGACGCCCUUUUCAAACUACUUCGCCCAGGUGCAUCCGACGCUUAACACACCCGUCCGCGCAACAGUUGCAAUGAGCGCGAUGGUGACCUGCCUGGGAUGUAUUUAUGUCGGCAGCACGACAGCCUUCCAGGCUCUUAUCUCGUCGUUCAUUGUGCUGAGCUCGUUAUCAUAUUUCGGGGCUAUCUUCCCACAUGUCCUUUCAGGUCGUCGCAAUAUGGUCCCUGGGCCUUUUUAUAUGGGCCAGCGGCUGGGUAUGGCUGUCAAUCUCAUCUCAUUGAUGUACAUCAUGGUCACGGUGGUGUUCUUCUGCUUCCCGCUGGUAUUGCCCGUGACUGCGCAGAAUAUGAACUAUACCAGUGUCAUUAUCGUUGGGUUGAUGGUUUUGGUUGCGAUGUGGUGGCUUCUACGUGCGCGCCGUGAGUAUCAAGGCCCACAGUAUAGCUUUGAGGCUGCGGAGAGGUUGAGUGCUUUCCAGAGUGGGAAGGAAGGUCGGAGGUCGUUUGUUGAUGUCGCGAGUCCUACCCCUACAUGUACUCUGGAAGAUCAUGGGUAUGGGAGACGGUGA